AUGAGAAGUCCCUCAGGUUGUCCAGGCGAGGAUACCAAGGAGGUUCCAAUUAUCUACGAGACUCCUAUCAGUCCCGCUAGCAUAGAAAAUAAUAGAAGUAUACCACCACAUAUGGAUGCACCCCAAAGAAUGAUGCUCGGAUGCGGGCAACAAUUGGUUCUAAGUAAUGACCAGGAGAGACUGGUCUGGCAAGCUGAAUUAAUGCUCACAAAACAUACCUUGAAUGACCCUGAGGAAGGGUCCAAUAGGCAUAAAGGACCGUCUAAGCCUAAAGGGAAGGGCCCUGACCCAAGUAAUUGGGGAAACCUUUUGAAUGAGUCUAAUAUGGACAUAGACAAACAGAAAAAGGCCUUUUAUACCUGGAAAGAAGCUCAGUAUUGGGCCCAGGAGAAAUUCGAAGUUGAAAAAGCUAAGGAAGAACUUCCUAAACUCAAAGCCAAACUGGCAAAAGAACUAAAGAAAAAUAAAUCAGCGCAGCCAGAUGCCUCAGUCCUUGAUAGAGAAAACCCAGUAGCUAGACUUGUUGAACAAAUGGUAAAACCAACAAAAGGACAGCAGACUCUUUGUACACCGCAUAAAUUGAAUCCCAGCAAUCAGAUACCCGCGGCUAGCUAUCUACGCAGAUUGCUGGGGCACAUAAAACUAAAAGGAAACAAACCCUCAGAGUUGGGGAGCUCUUUGAGUGAAUCUGACUCAAGCUCUCAUGGAGACUUGAGUGAAUCAUCUUCUGAUGAAGACUCCAGAACUUCAUCAUUGGGCCAUAAGAAAGGAACAAGAACCAAACAUGCCCAGCGCAAAAGAAUGAGAAGGCAGAUAUUAAAGCCAACUGAGCCACCUCCAUAUGACAGAAAACUGCACUUGCGAGAAUUUCAUUGCUUUGUCACUGCAGCCACAGCCUAUGUUACUGAAGGACAGGUCCCUCAUGCCAACCGGGUAUACAUGCUAUCUAUAUUCCUGAAGGGAAAGGCAUAUGAGUUUUAUAUCCAGGAGGUGGCCAAUAAUCCUUUUGAAUGGACUCUUCAAUAA